ACAUAGUACAAAGUUCGAUUGAGUUGAGGCCAUCUAAAAUCUUUAACACAUCUAGAAAAAAGGACGAAAAUAAAAUGUUCCGAUCCGCAUUAGCUCGAAUUAGUCGGCAAACAGCCGGCGUUUCUUGGCAACAAAAUCGAACUUACCCAGUUUGCACUUUUAAUACAAAUCUACCGCAAUCACAAGUUGAUCCGAAUUUUGAGGCAAAAUUCUCUGACUAUUUGUCAAAACUAUUAAACAAGCCUAAAGAGCGAAUUUACAUACAAAUUAACGGCGAUUGUCGAAUGUGUAGCAAUAAUGACAAGGAAACUAGAAUGCUAAUGGCUAGUAUUAAGAGCAUCGGAGUUUUCAAUGAGAAUUCCAACAAAGUUCUCGGACCUGAAAUUCGCGACUAUCUAUGCGAGCAUUUUGGAGUUGAUAAAAUGAAAAUUACUCUAUUACUACAGGAUCUGAAACAGCAUGAGGCAGCUCACAUUAUGUAA